AUGGCUGACAUUACUCCAGCGUUUACCUUUGCCUUUGCUGCGGUAGCUUUGAUUUAUGCCUUGACUCGCUUUGUUCGUGGACGUCGCCCGCUCAUUCAUGGCCCACCAUGCGAUUCCCUCAUAACUGGUAAUCUAGGCCAGCUGUUCUCUGCUCCUCAUGGUUUGGAAUACCAUGCGAGGUUCCUGAAAGAAUAUGGUACCGCUUUUGAGGUGUACGGGUUGUUCGGUCCCCCAGAGAAAGAAAUUGACCCAUUUAUCCUCACUCAGGAGAAACAACUCUUCAUUGCUGACGGUCCUGCGAUAUCCGCGAUCCUCAAUAACCCCGAUACAUUUUUCGAGACAAAUGCAUUCCGAAGCCUCGCACGUCUUGUAUUCGGAACGAGUCUCUUUGCAGCCACUGGCCCCGACCACAGGAAACUUCGCAAGACACUCAAUCCCAUCUUCACAACCCGCCACAUCAAAGAUCUCCUCCCCGUCUUUCAGUCCAUAGUGAAUAAGCUGCGAAGUGGGCUAGCUGCGGAUAUCCGAGUUCGGGCCUCCUAUCCGUACGAGAAGAAUGCACUCUCCGCCGAAGUGGAUAUGCAUGAUUGGAUGUCGAGGACGGCGUUGGACCUCAUAGGGGUCGGGGGACUGGGGCACCCGUUCAAAGCACUCGAGGGUACUCACGAUCCUUAUACUGACGCAGCCAGACAGCUUUUACCGGCCAUCGCUGAUAUCGGGAUCGUCACGCCCUUCCUCCACAUCCUCAUGAAACUCGGGCCCGCAGCCUUGCGCCGGUACAUGGUCAACACGAUAUCUCUUCGGGCCGUCCAGACGUGCAAGAGCGUGGUCGAUAUCAUGGACUCGACGGCGAACCAUAUCUUUGGGCGGAAGAAGGACACCGUAUCCAGAGUGCUGGCAGAUCCGGACGCCAAGGUUGAGGAGGAGCUCAAAGAUGUGCUGAGUCUUAUGUUGGCGUCGAAUAUGAAGGAUCCGCGCUUGAGUGACGAAGAGAUGAUUGCUCAGAUGAGCACCCUCAUCCUGGCCGCAUUAGACACAACGUCCGGUACCCUGGUCCACAUAUUACAAGAGCUCUCUAUCCAUCCCGAAGCCCAAGAUCGUCUGCGACAAGAGAUCGCCGAAGCUCAACUUGCGCAAGGAAGUGAAGACCUUGAUUUCGAUACGUUGGAUGGUCUGCCGUACCUCGAUGCGAUAGUCGCGGAAGUUCUCCGUCUACAUCCGUCUGCAGCGUUCAUGUCCCGCACAUCCCAAGCUCCCUUCGUCCUCCCACUCGGAACCCCUGUCCCCUCCUCUCGUGCCGCAGGCGCCCCUCUCGUCGAUUCACUUCCCCUCCCCGCCGGAACGACAAUCUAUCUCUCCACCCAAGGCAUAAACCGCGAUCCUCGUAUCUGGGGUCCGGAUGCGGACGUGUUCAGGCCUGACCGGUGGUUGAAUCUCGAAGGAGAGGGCAAGGAGGGAGAUCGGGAGAGUUUGCGGAAGGCCAGGAAGCAGAUCCCGAGUCUGUGGAACUCCAUACUGUCGUUCUCCGCUGGACCGAGGGGAUGUAUCGGAUUCAAGUUUGCGUUGGUUGAGAUGAAAGUAGUGCUCGCUGCUAUCAUUCCCUCGUUCCGCUUCAAGCCCUCAGAGACCGCGAUCGAGUGGCACCUCAGCAUCACGCAGGCGCCACAUGUGAAAGGACCGAAGGGAGGGACGAGAAUACCGGGGCUUCCGUUAGUCGUCGAGGUCAUUAGCGACGUGUAG